CGUCAUCAAAGCCCAGGUCCACGCCGGUGGCCGGGGCCGCGCCGGCGGGAUCCAGGUGGUCAACUCACCGCAGGAAGCCCAGGCCUACGCAACCCAACUGCUGGCCGCAACCUGGUUACCGCCCAGACCGGCCCCAACGGCGCGCCGGUCCACCAGAUCCUGGUAGAGGAACCGGCGGCAAUUGCCCGGGAGAUCUAUCUGGCAAUAACCAUCGACCGGGUCCACCGCCGACCGGUGAUGAUCGCCAGCGCCUCCGGUGGCGUGGACAUCGAGGAAACGGCCGCUUCCAAUCCCGAGGCCAUAGCAACGGAGGCGAUUGACCCGGUCCUGGGGUUGAUGCCGUUCCAGAUUCGAAGGCUGACCGCAAGGCUCGAGUUGGACUCAGCGUUAGCCCGUUCAGCUGCCCAGGUCAUGACCUCCAUGUACCGCUUUUUCGUGGAAGCCGACUGCUCUUUGGUGGAGAUCAAUCCCCUGGUCGUCACUUCCGACGGCAACCUUCUGGCCUUGGAUGCCAAGGUCAACCUGGAAGACGACGCUCUGUUCCGGCACUCGGACUUGAAAGACCUGGCAGAUCCCUCCCAGGAAAACGAACUGGAGAACCGGGCCUCGGACAUGGACGUUGCCUACGUGAAACUGGACGGCAACGUUGGUUGUUUGGUCAACGGCGCCGGACUGGCCAUGGCCACUAUGGACGUCAUAGCAGCCCGGGGAACCACAGCGGCCAAUUUUCUGGACGUGGGCGGCGGCGCCAGCGUGGAAAAGGUCGCUGAUGCGGUGAAAAUCAUUUUGGACGAUAGUGACGUCGACCGGGUCUUGGUAAACAUUUUCGGGGGCAUAUUGCGGUGCGACAUUGCCGCUGAGGGAAUCGUCAAAGCCUACAAGGAAAAAGGCUCACGCCUGCCAAUGGUAGUCCGGAUGCUGGGCACAAACGUGGAUCAAGGCAAGUCCACCUUGCGGGAUUCAGGCCUGCCGGUGACCCCUGGUUGA